CCUUCAGCAGGAAAAGUUAGGCCAAGCAAUAUCAUAGCGAUGGCACCCUACUAUGCCCUCCUUACCGACCGCGGCAUCGCCGCAGAGUCCCACUCUCAUCUCUACAAGCGCGAUCUCACAGUCAACCACACCCAAGCGGUAACUCUCGGCGUGAUGGCUGCCUAUGUUGUAGUAAUAGCUAUACUCUGGAAUGUGCCGUAUCUGCGGUACUCACUGUGGCCGUUCAAAAUGCUGGUAAUCGCCUUCCACGAAUUCGGCCACGCCAUAACCGCCUGCUGCACUGGCGGUCGCGUGAAAUCCAUCUCACUGGACCCCCACGAAGGCGGCGUCACGCACAUGCAGGGCGGGAUGGCCGCAAUCACGCUGCCGGCGGGGUACCUGGGCUCCUCGAUAAUCGGGGCACUGCUGAUCUUCGCGGGUUUCAAUAUCAUUGCCAGCAAAGUGGCUAGUAUUGUACUGGGUGUGUGCUUUCUGCUCACACUCUGGUGGGCGAGGAGGGAUCUUUUGACGAUCGUGACAGUCUUGUUGGCGGUGGGGCUGUUGGUUGCGUGCUGGUUUAUUGCGCAUGGGGAGGCACUGAAGUGGGUUGUUUUAUUCAUUGGCGUCAUGUCCGCGCUGUAUAGCGUUUGGGAUAUUUGCGACGACCUCAUCCUCCGCAAAGUGAAUUCCUCAGACGCAAGUGUCUUUGCGCAGCGCUAUGGCGGGUCCUCACGCUGCUGGGGUCUUCUUUGGUCCCUGAUCUCUCUCAUUUUUAUCGCCAUUGCGAUUGUUGCAGCAAUAGCUGCGUUUCCGCAGUCGUUUAGCCAACAGGAGGAUGAUUCGAAGAGUUUCUUGCCGACGAAGUUCUAGGCGCUUUAGCCGGUUGAUAUAUCUUUGUGGUUAUGCGAAGUAUUCAUGAUUGACGACAAGUGGUAACUUCGGCGUGUAAUAGGGUUCAAAUUCGGGGUGCUAGGUACAACUGGCGGCACAUCAGGUCCUUUUUGAUUGUUUCUGGGUUUAUUGA